CAACACAUGGACUAGGGAAUUUCAAUGGGAUAACAACUUCGACUCUUGAAUUAAAGAACAUAGUUGCUGCUGAAAACUUUAAUGUGUCACACGGUUGCGUCGAGGUCAAUAACAGCACAGCCACUACAUAUUCGGCUCAACCAGGAAACAACACUCCAGUAAUAGCUGCGGCUUCGUGCGGCGCUGCGGCCCUCGUGAUGACAAUGACCUGGGUGAUCUGCGCUUCAAGGCGACUGCGCGGAACCCUACCUGACAACGAAGCCUCCUGCUCUGUCCAGGACGAAAGCCCACGCCCCGUCAGCGCUCAAGCCCAGCAGGAUAUCAGCGUCCAUGAUUUAUCUGACAACACUUACGUAAACGUUGCCACGCCUUCCCAGGAACACAGUACUGCCCACGGUCAAAUGUACAUGGACAGCGCACUGUGCGUAGACGACCACAGUUGUCCCGAGGAACACAUCUACGAGAGUGCAGGUGAUAUAGCCCAACCGAUGCACACAGACUAUGCAAACUGCCAAGAAAGGGGUUUUCCUGAAGAAAACAACUACGACAGUGCAAGUGACAUAGAGGAACAGAUGUACACGAACUGUACCAACUACCAGCAAAAGUGUUCUCUCGAGGAACACAUCUGCGAGAGUGCAACUGACAUUGAAGAAUCAUCCGACAGCCGGUCAGAGAGAAACAGCAUUUAUGAGUGCGAAAGGGACACGGACGCGCAGCAGUCAGUCAGAAACAGCAUUUAUGCGGAUUUCACAUGAGAAUUUCCAAGGCUGCUUUCACGGCGUUGGAUGCAUUUGCUAUAAUGAAUUUCGUUUUCUAUAUGAGGUCAUGAGAAGCAUAUAGUAAUGAAGUUUGUUGCAAUAUAUUUCUUUAUCACUGCGAUAGAUUGUCAGUAGUUAUGUGAAGUUUCAAAUCUUAUGCACUUGUUGGAAUAUUCUUCAAACUUUAUUAUGUAUAAUCUAAGAGUUGAUUACUGAUGCUCCAUAUUCAGCCUAUAUUACGAUUUGACAAUUCGUGAUUAUUGAUUGACUUACUUCCUAUG